CUCAGUGGCAAUUUCUUCCACUUUCUUCUCAAGUCCAGAUCUUGAGGUUUUCUUUAGAAGUGCAGAAAUCACUGCUUAUUUUGUUUAAGUAGGAUGAUAAAUCAGUAAAUCUGUCAGAGACUGAAUGCAAAAUUUUAUAACCUCCAGAAGGGCAGAAGUAAAAGUUUUUCUUUCUUUUUUUUUUUUUUUAAAGAUAACAAGAAAAAAGGGUGCUGGCUAGAGUCACAUAAAAAUACUGAGCUUUCCUGUAGAGAGAGAAGUUAUGAAACAAUUUUGAGACUCCUCCCACCAACGUUCUUUCGAUUUCCUGAGACAGGAUGAAUAGCUUAUUUCCUGUAAAUAUCUCCAUCAAAAUGAAAAAUUAUGGCAAAGUAUUACUCAAGACAUUUUUUACAAGUUUCAGUAGAUGAAUAGUUCUAAUGUGAGAACUUUCUUAUCCAACCAGGCUUAUCAUGUGCAUCAUUAGAAACCACAUUCCCUUGAAUGACUCUCAAAUAUAAGAGAAGAAAGGUGAGUUGCCUGGGCACUUCCCUCUUAUUUUCUGUUCUCAGUAGCAGUGACAAGAGAAAAUCUUGGAAGAGGCAUCUACCUCUACUGGUCUUUGACUGAAAUUCCUGGAGAGGAGGAAUCAUGGGUCAUGCCAAUCACACAUGGACGCCGAGUUUUCUUCUGGCCGGCUUCACCACCACUGGAACCUUGCAACCUCUGGCUUUCUUGGGGACACUGUGCAUCUAUCUCCUCACCCUGGCAGGGAACUUGCUCAUCAUUGUCCUGGUUUGGGCAGACUCUGGGCUGUCCACACCCAUGUACUUCUUCAUCAGCGUCCUAUCCUUCUUGGAACUCUGGUAUGUCAGCACCACCGUGCCCAUGCUGCUGCAUACCUUACUCCAUGGGCGUUCACCCAUCUCCUCAGCUGCGUGCUUUGUCCAGCUCUAUGUCUUCCACUCCCUGGGCAUGACUGAGUGCUGCCUGUUGGGUGUCAUGGCACUGGACCGCUACCUUGCCAUCUGCCGUCCACUCCAUUACCACUCACUCAUGAGCAGGCAGGUACAGUUGUGGCUAGCAGGGGCCAGUUGGGUGGCUGGCUUCUCAGCUGCCCUUGUGCCAGCCAGCCUCACGGCCACUCUCCCCUUCUGUCUGAGAGAGGUGGCUCAUUACUUUUGUGACCUGGCCCCACUAAUGAGGUUGGUAUGUGUAGAUACAAGCUGGCAUGACCGGGUUCAUAGGGCAGUGAUUGGUGUGGCCACGGGGUGCAACUUUAUGUUCAUUUUAGGUCUGUAUGUGGGGAUCCUGAAAGUUGUUCUGAACCUGCCCUCAGCUGCCAGCCGAGCCAAGGCCUUUUCCACCUGUUCCUCCCACAUAACCGUAGUGGCCCUCUUUUAUGCUUCUGCCUUUACAGUUUAUGUGGGCUCACCUGGGAGUCACCUUAAGGGCACAGACAAGCAUAUUGCCCUAGUGUAUGCCCUUCUUACGCCUUUCCUCAACCCUAUCAUCUAUACCCUUCGCAACAAGGAGGUAAAGGAGGCCAUGAAGAGGGUCAGUGUCAGGAUCAGGACUCUUUUAAAUGAACCUUGAGAAUCUCUGUGGUCACAGCCCAGCUUCUUGGUUAAUUGUACGAAUCAGCCAGUUGUUAGGCAAUCAUUUGGCCAGAGUUCAAGUAAAUAUCAAUGAACAAAAAUCAGUCAGUUCAUUUGUCGAAUAUGCUGCAGAUACUCACUCAGGAAGACAUAGUCCUGGGUUGGAGUUCCCGUUGUGGCUCAGUGGUUAACGAGUCCGACUAGGAACCAUGAGGUUGCGGGUUUGAUCCCUGCCCUUGCUCAGUGGGUUAAGGAU